AAAAUUUGUUUGCAGCGGCGUGGACUUGCAGAGCACUGAUGUGAGAUAAUUUAUUUCAACAAAGGAUCGAUUUGGCCCAUCAAAGAUAACCCUGUGACCCUUGCUGGAGGUUGCGUUAGUACCUCUGAAGAAAUCUUGGUCAUUCAAGAACGCAUGAUCUCGCCGAAGCGCAGCAAACUGUCAGACAUGAGCCAGAACGACAAGAAAAUGGACACGUCCCUUGUCACUCUUGUGGAGAGAAAUCCGGCGCCGUACGGCAUUCCUCUUUUGAAUACAGUCGCAAUGGCAAAAAUCUCUGACCCAAAUGACUUGGUCGCUAUGGCACAAGAAAUACAGAAAGCAGACACUUUUGUGAAGGCAACCGCAAGCAACAAACUCAAAGUGAUCGUUGACCAGGUCAGGCAUCUGCAGCAAAUGGCCAUUCAAAUUCUGCAGGAGGCCAAGGACAACACGAGAUUGCACCACGCUGCUUGCAAUUUCAAGAAGGUUCCAGGAAACAUUUAUCACUUAUACAAAAGACCCUCCGGACAGACUUAUUUCAGCAUGCUCUCGCCAGAGGAGUGGGGGACGACCUGUCCGCACGACUUUCAAGGCUCGUUCCGUCUGGAAUGCGACCUGACCUGGACACCCUUGGAAGAGGUGCUGCAAAAAGACUCGGACAUGCAGAUCAUCGAAGCUUUGAUGGGCUCCAAAAAUCUCAGCAGCGUCAUUUGUGGCCCCGACCAAUUGCUAAACGCCAGGGCAGCCCUUUUGCCGCCAGAUCUGUGAAUCCAAAAUAUUGUGAUUUGAUUUUGAAUUCAAUUUUUGUUUUUGUGAACUACUUGUUGUGAACUACUUUACUUAUGAUGAGAGAUUAAAACUAAUAAAAAAAAAUAAUCAGAUAAAUGCACAAUUAAAAUUAUG